AUGUCGCAACCCCAGAAGCGACCGAGUGAGGACAUAGAUCAUGAGGAUGGGAAACGUCCUAACCCCCAGCGCACGCCCAGGAUCCGAGCCUGCGCCGAAUGCAAGAGACACAAGAUCAAAUGCGACCCAGUAGAUGGAGAGUCCAAAUGUGCCAAAUGCCUGCGCAGUGGCACGGAAUGUGUGCCUUACAACAUGAACCAGCGACUUCUGGACGAAGAUGCCUCGUGGAAAGCAAAUGCAGCUGUAGAGAUAGCGCAAUUGCGCUCUGCAGUUCAGACACUUCUACGACACAAUAGACUCCCGGAUCUUGACAGGAUCAAGGAUCUUCCAGUAACAUCACCAGAAUCCCGGAGGCAAUCGGAAAUUACCGUGAAAGCCAGUCCUGGCCACACUGGUAACGAAAAUGGCACUGCUAUGGUUGUGCCACCGAUCGCCAUGGACAUGACGAGGGAGAACUCCGUGGAGCGCGAUUCAGUUGAAGAUGCAGACCUUGUAACAGCGCCAAUGCGCAGCCUGUACGACCUUACACGGAUUCGCAAUCUUCGCAGCAACGUCAAACUCAGACCUGGUCAGAACCCAGAACUCGAAGAUUUUAUCGCUCAGGGCGUCGUGUCAUUACCGGAAGCCGAAGAUCUUUUCAGGCAUUACUUCCAGGGCCUUCGACUCUACCUGUGGGGCGGUGUACUGUGCCCUUACGACUCUCUGGACGCUGUUCGCACGCGAUCCUCGUUGCUCACAGCUGUUGUGCUUACAAUAGCAGCGCUACACACACCAGGUCGCGAUGAUGCGCUGGAGAAAUGCUACGGCGUCUUCGUUUCUGGCGCUUAUAGCGCCUGCCUGUCACGAGUUCAGAGCGUGGAUGACAUCCGUGCACUGCUGCUUGCAGCUUUCUAUCUAUCCAAUCUCAGCUGGAAGCUCUCGGGUGCAGCUGUUCGAAACGCUACCGAGAUGAAUUUACAUCAAUCAUUCAACAAGCUUAUGAGAGGCCACGAAGACCAUCGAGAUAAGGUCCGUCUCUGGUAUGUGCUAUAUGUCUGCGAGCACCAGCUCAGUAUUGCCUAUGGACGGCCACCCAUCAUCCAUGAAGACAUCGCGAUCAAGAACAUCGAGCAGUUCCUCGAUAGCCCUGAGACCAAGCCAGGUGAUAUUAGGUUAAGUGCGCAAGUCACUUUGUUCAAGAUCCUUACAGAAGCGUACAUCGCGUACGGAAGUGAUCCGGAGCAACCACUCACCGAACCUGACUUCCAACGACUGCGCAUGUUCAACUUUGCUAUUGAGCAGUGGAGGCUAGCAUGGCAAGCGAGGUCGGUCGACAGCCCAACCAUUGGAUCAUAUCCGUCGAAGGGCGUUGUUCUCUACUACCACUUUGCUCGCUUCCAAUUGAACUCCCUAGCACUGCGCGGACUGCCACCACCAAGCGCCGUCACGUCGGAGACGCUUUCCUACGACCGCCGCGAAGCCGCUAACAUUGCUAUCACCGCGGCAACUAGCACACUCACACUCAUUUUCGAGGAGCCGGACCUCCGGAGAGCAAUGUCUGCAGUGCCUAUUUUCACGCACACCAUGAUUGCGUUCUGCGCCACAUUCCUACUCAAGAUGGCAAAGACCUGGGGAAGUGCUGCCCAGGUUCGGUCACCGGAGUCAGCAGGCGAACCGAUAGGUCUCGGUCUCAACUUUAACACCGCUCAGGUGGUGUCCCUUGCUAGGAGGUCAGCAACUUUCCUCGCCAAGGUUGCCGAGAACCUGAGCGAGAAGCACCUUACGAGGCACAUCGUGCACGGAAUCAAUCUUCUCCUCAAGCAGCUUGACAUGAUGGGCACACCUUCGAGCUCGGUCGACCAUACCUUCCCUGCGUACAAUGUACCGCAAGGGCAACACGCCAACGGGCACUACGAUCCCAAUCAGCCUAAUGGAGUUUCAGCUGUUGAUUUUGGCCAUGGAGACAUGGCAAAUGCAUAUAACAUGUAUGAUUUGAUUGGAUCGUAUGGCUUUGGGAUGGAUGAAGCAUUUCUUGGUCAAGUGGCUUCCACUGAUCUUGACUUUUGGCAGAGAGAAAACUUCUGA